UUUAUUUAUAUCAACGUUAUAUAAAAAAAAUCAGCUGAGCAACACAGGCACCUUGAAGCCUAUAGUUUACUUAUAUUUCUUACAAAAUUCUAAACAAAAUGCAAUUCACCAUUUUGUUCACCUGUAUUUAUUUUUUUUGCCUUAAAUGCCAUAACACAAUAAAUUUUGGAACAACCCUGAGGCCUCUAAACUGUUUCAUAUUACAUUUUUGAGAAAUUGUUUUGUUUUAUGAAAGUUUUAAUAAAGUAAUGUGAAAAAAUGUAAGGGUUGUUCCAGAAAAUACUAGGUACCCUCAAGGAUAGCAAUUUUUUUAACACCAGCCACCUAUAGAAAUAAAAAAGAUUAAAACAACACUCUUUUUGCAUUUUGGUAUCUCUAAUACAACCACUCACAAAAAAAAUUAAAAGUUGCCUUCCCUGUUCCCUGGGGUUGGGGGAGACGUAGUAUUUUCUUGAACAGAAAACUAUUACUUUGUGUUCAUUUUAAUUACAUGUAUUAAACACUUUUACUCAUAUCUAGGUAUAGUACCUUUUAUCUCCUUUGAAAUGAAAUUUUAUGGUUAUAUAUGUUUUAUUAGUAUUUAAUUGUUAUCAACAGUUUGUUAUAUAUAAAAUACAUGUAUUGUUAGUGGCUGUAUUUUACUGAUUAUUACACCUUUGCAAGGAUGUAUUUUAAUGUUAAUGUUUUAUAACUAUUAUUAUUCUAUACACCAUAGCCAUGUAGGUUUUAUAGAAGUCUUUGAAAUAAGACGUUAACACAUGUGUUAAUCACAUGUUAUUGUCACUCAAUGUUAUCAUUCUAAUUUUAAUGCUUUGGUUUUUAACAAACUAAUUGCACAGGUUUUAUUGUAUUUGAAAUUUAAAACAAACUUCUGUUUAGCUUUUAUAUAAUAGAUAUGCAAAUUUGACCACUUAAUCUCUCUAUUGACAAGCUUACUGGUACUAUACUGUUCACAAUCGGAAACCACACAUUAUACCAUUCAGCCAUACAUCGAAACAUAGAUAUCCAUUGAACAUUAUAUUAUUUGUAUUGGUAUACUAGGCCCUACACAUUCACACAUUCAUUGCAAUGCAUCACAUCAUUUGUCAUUUGCAUCAUAUCUUUCACAUCAUUUAUAAAUCACAAGGUGUGUAGCCAAACAUCACAUCAUUUAUAAAUCACAAGUUGUGUAGCCAAACAUCACAUCAUUCAUACAUCACAAGGUGUGUAGCCAAACAUCACAUCAUUCAUACAUCACAAGGUGUGUAGCCAAACAUCACAUCAUUUAUAAAUCACAAGGUGUGUAGCCAAACAUCACAUCAUUCAUACAUCACAAGGUGUGUAGCCAAACAUCACAUCAUUCAUACAUCACAAGUUGUGUAGCCAAACAUCACAUCAUUCAUACAUCACAAGGUGUGUAGCCAAACAUCACAUCAUUCAUACAUCACAAGGUGUGUAGCCAAACAUCACAUCAUUCAUACAUCACAAGAUGUGUAGCCAAGCAUCACAUCAUUCAUACAUCACAUCCUUUAUAGCCAUACAUCCAUACAUCUUUCCUUCCAUAUCCAAACAUACCAUUCAUAGAUAUAUGUAACAGCAUUCACUAUCCUGCACAUUCACAAAUCUCAACAUGCAAAUCCAUUCAUUUGUACAUAACACCAUCCAAAGCUAUUGAUGGACAUCAUCCAUCUACAGCAAUUCAUAUACAUCACACCAUCUUCAGCCAUUCAUGUGUACAUCACACCAUCUACAGCCAUUCAUUUCCACAUCACACCAUCUUCAGCCAUUUAUGUGUACAUCACACCAUCUACAGUCAUUCAUGUACAUCACACCAUCUACAUCCAUUCAUUUCUACAUCACACCAUCGACAGCCAUUCAUUUGUACAUAACACCAUUGAAAGCCUUUCAUUUGUACAUCACACCAUCUACAGCAAUUCAUUUGUACAUAACACCAUCUACAUCCAUUCAUGUGUACAUCACACCAUCUACCUCCAUUUACAUGAACAUCACACCAUCUACAUCCAUUCAUAUGUACAUCACACCAUCUAUAUCCAUUCAUUUGUACAUAACACCAUCUACAUCCAUUCAUUUCUACAUCACACAAUCCACAGGCAUUCAUGUACAUCACACCAUCUACAGCCAUUCAUUUCCACAUCACACCAUCUUCAGCCAUUUAUGUGUACAUCACACCAUCUACAGUCAUUCAUGUACAUCACACCAUCUACAUCCAUUCAUUUCUACAUCACACCAUCUACAUCCAUUCAUUUCUACAUCACACCAUCGACAGCCAUUCAUUUGUACAUAACACCAUUGAAAGCCUUUCAUUUGUACAUCACACCAUCUACAGCAAUUCAUUUGUACAUAACACCAUCUACAUCCAUUCAUUUGUACAACACACCAUCUAAAUCCGUGCAUUUGUACAUCACACCAUCUACAGCCAUUCGUUUGUACAACACACCAUCUAAAUCCGUGCAUUUGUACAUCACACCAUCUAUAUCCAUUCAUUUGUACAUAACAUCAUCUACGUCCAUUCAUUUGUACAUAACACCAUCCACAGCCAUUCAUUUCCACAUCACACCAUCUACAUCCAUUCAUGUGUACAUCACACCAUCUACCUCCAUUUACAUGAACAUCACACCAUCUACAUCCAUUUAUAUGUACAUCACACCAUCUAUAUCCAUUCAUUUGUACAUAACACCAUCUACAUCCAUUCAUUUCUACAUCACACAAUCCACAGGCAUUCAUGUACAUCACACCAUCCAAAGCCAUUCAUUUUUUACAUCACUUCAUCCGCAGUCGUUCAUUCCCACAUCACACCAUCUACAGCAAUUCAUUUCUACACAACACCAUCCACAGCAAUUGGUGUGUACAUCACACUAUCUUCAUCCAUUCAUGCAAUUCACACACACCAUCCACAGUCAUUCAUGUACAUAACACCAUUCACAGUCAUUCAUGUACAUCACACCAUCCACAGUCAUUCAUUUCCACAUCACACCAUCUUCAGCCAUUCAUGUGUACAUCACACCAUCUACAGUCGUUCAUGUACAUCACACCAUCUACAUCCAUUCAUUUCUACAUCACACCAUCCACAGCCAUUCGUGUGUACAUCACACCAUCUACAGCCAUUCAUUUGUGCAUCACACCAUAGAAAGCCAUUUAUUUGUACAUCACACCAUCUACAGCCAUUCAUUUGUGCAUAACACCAUAAAAAGCCGCACAUUUGUACAUCACACCAUCUACAGCUGUUCAUUUGUACACCACACCAUCUACAUCCAUUCACUUGUACACAACACCAUCUACAUCAAUUCAUUUGUACAUCACACCAUCUACAUCCAUUCAUUUGUACAUAACAUCAUCUACGUCCAUUCAUUUCCACAUCACACCAUCCACAGCCAUUCAUGUACAUCACACAAUCCACAGCCAUUCAUUUGUACACCACACCAUCUGCAGCCAUUCAUUUGUACAUCACACCAUCUGCAGUCAUUCAUGUAUGUCAAGCCAUCUUCAGCCAUUCUUUUCUACAUCACACCAUCCACAGUCAUUCAUUUCUACAUCACACCAUCCACAGCCAUUCAUUUCUACAUCACACCAUCCACAGCCAUUCAUUUCUACAUCACACCAUCCACAGCCAUUCAUGUAUAUCACACCAUCCAGUCAUUCGUGUACAUAACACCAUCUACAGCCAUUCAUUUCUACAUCAAACCAUCCACAGCUAUUCAUGUAUAUAACACCAUCCACAGCCAUUCAUUUGUACAUCACACCAUCUACAGUCAUUCAUUUGUUCAUCACACUAUGGAAAGCCACUCAUUUGUACAUCACACCAUCUACAGCCAUUCAUGUACAUCACACCACCCACAACCAUUGGUGUACACAACACAUCUACAGCCAUUCUUGUGUACAUCACACCAUCUACAGCCAUUCAUGUACAUCACACCACCCACAACCAUUGAUGUACACAACACAUCUACAGCCAUUCUUGUGUACAUCACACCAUCUACAGCCAUUCAUGUACAUCACACCACCCACAGCCAUUCAUUUGUACAUCACACCAUUUACAACCAUUCAUUUGUUCUUCACACCAUCCACAGCCAUUCAUUUGUUCAUCACGCCAUCCAGUUAUUAAUUUGUACAUCACACCAUCCACAUUCAUUCAUUUGUACAUCACACCAUUCACAGCCAUUCAUUUGUACAUCACACCAUUCACAGCCAUUCAUUUGUACAUCACACCAGCUUCAGUCAUUCAUAUGUACACAACAUCCUCCACAGCCAUUCAUUUUUACAACACAUCAUCCAGCCAUAUGUCACUACAUCUAAAAAUUUAUAUUCUUACAUCACACCAAUCACAUUCACACAUUCAUAGCUAUACAUCACACCAUUCACACCCACAAAUUCAUAGCCAUAUACCACAUUCAAAUUCACACCAGUGUAGUCAUAAAUCACACUAAUCACAUAUACACAUAUAAAUAGCCAUACAUCAUACCAUUUACAUUCAAACAUUCUUAGCCAUAUAGAACACCAUUCACACUCACAUAUAGCCAUACACUAUUAUAAUUCACUCAAGUGUAGCCAAACCACGCAUCAAUCACAUACAAAGACAUGCAUCACACUGUCAACAAAUACAUGUCCAUUCAUAAUUUCCAUGCCCAAGUUUAGCCAUACAGAACACCAUUUCCAUGCUUAAAUUCAAAGUAGGACAUCACACCAUUUCCAUGCCCAAAUUCAUAUCAAUACAUCACAUCAUUUUCAUUACUAAGUUCAUAGCCAUACAACACACCAUUUCCUUCCUCAAAUUCAUAGCUGUUCAUUACACUAUUGCCUUGCCCAAAUCUAAAGCCAUACAUGAGACCAUUUCCAUGCUCACCAUUUCGAUGCCAAAAUUCAUAGCCAUACAUCACACCAUUUCCAUGUCCAAAUUCAAAGCCAUACAUCACACCAUUUCCAUGCCCAGAUUCAUAGCCAUGCAUCACACUAUUUCCAUGCCCAGAUUCAUAGCCAUACAUCACACUAUUUUCAUGCCCAGAUUCAUAACUGUACUUCACACCAUUUCCAUGCCCAAAUUCAUAGCCAUACAUCACAUCAUUCCCAUACCCAAAAGCAUAGCCAUACAUCACACCAUUUCCAUGAAUAGAUUCAUAUCCAUACAUCACACCAUGUCCAUAUUGAAAUUUAAAGUUGCAUAUCACACCAUUACCAUACCCAAAAUUCAUAGCCAUACAUCACACCAUUUCCAUGCCCAGAUUCAUAGCCAUACAUCAUAUCUUUUCCAUAUCCAAAUUCAUAUCCACACAUUACAUCAUUUCCAUACCCAAAUUCAUAUCCACACAUCACACCAUUUCCAUACCCAAACUUGUAGCUUUACAUCACGCCAUUCACACUCAUAGUCAUACAUCACACUUCACAAAGUUAUAGCCAUACAUCGUACCAUUCUCAUUUCCAUAUUCAUAGCCAUACAUCUUAAUCAUCCAGAUUCUCAAAUAACACCAUCCACAUUCACAUAUUCAUGGUCAUACAUGUACAUCACACUAUUCAUCUACACAUGGUUCUAUUCAAAGCAUUACACAGCAUUAUAACAAAGACCAAAUGACUUAAAAAUUAACAACUUUGGGUCAAACCCAUACCUCAUAGUAAGCAAUAUAAAAGUCAUAAAUAAUCAUUCAUUUCUUAUAAAUCACACAAUUUAUUCAUUUCCACACAUUGGAACAUCAUUUCCACACAUCCCACUAUCAUCACAGUAAUUUACCCAAAUCAUGAUGAUUCAUCAUAAGUACUUGAGUACACUUCACACCAAUCUUUAGUAUUCAUUUGCAUUUACAUUAGUCCUAGGCAUUCAGUUAUACUUUGCACCAAUAAUCGGUCAUUUACACCUCACACCAAUCAUCAGUCAUUUACACUUCACACCAAUCAUCAGUCAUUUUCACUUCACAUCAGUCAUUUUCACUCCACAUCAUUAGUCAUUUACACUUCACACCAAUCAUCAGUCAUUUUCACUUCCCAACAUUCAUCAGUCAUUUACACUUCACACCAAUCAUCAGUCAUUUACACUUCACACCAGUCAUUAGUCAUUUACACCUCACACCAAUCAUCAGUCAUUUUCACUUCCCAACAUUCAUCAAUCGUUUACACUUCACACCAUUCAUCAGUCAUUUACACUUCACACCAUUCAUCAGUCAUUUACACUUCACACCAUUCAUCAGUCAUUUACACUUCACACCAUUCAUCAGUAAUUUACACUUCACACCAUUCAUCAAUCAUAUACACUUCACGUCAAACAUCAUGCAUUUACACUUCACACCAAAAAUCAUUCAUUUACACUUCACACCAGACAUCAGUCAUAAACACUUCAUACCAAUCAUGUAUUUACACUUAAAAUUAUCCUAAGCAUUCAUUUUCACUUCACAUUUAUCAAUAUCAUUCAUUUUCACUUCACAAUUAUCAAUCAUGACAGUUGAAUACAUUAUUUUUUGACAUUUUAACCUCACAACUUAUCAUCAUUCAUUUCACCACACACCAAGCAUAAGCAUUCAUCUUCACUUCACAGCAAUCAGAAGCAUUCAUUUUCACUUCAUGCCAAUCAUAAGUGUUUAUUUACACUUCACACCAAUCAUAAGCUUUUAUUUUCACUUCACAUCAAUUAUAAGUGUUCAUUUACACUUCACACUAAUCAUAAGCGUUCAUUUUCACCACACACCAAGCAUAAGUGUUCAUUUACACUUCACACUAAUCAUAAGCGCUCAUUUUCACCACAAACCAAGCAUAAGUGUUCAUUUACACUUCACACUAAUCAUAAGCGUUUAUUUUCACCCCACACCAAUCAUAAGCGUUCAUUUUCACUUUACACUAAUCAUAAGUGUUCAUUUGCACUUCACUCUAAUAAGCGUUCAUUUCACUUCACACCAUUCAUAAGCAUUCAUUUACACUUCACACCAAUCAUAAGCAUUCAUUUAACUCAAACCAAGCAUAAGCAUUCAUUUACACUUCACACUAAUCAUUAGCGUUUUUCACCACACACCAAUCAUACACUUCACACUAAUCAUAACCGUUCAUUUUCACUUCACAAUAAUCAUAAGCGUUCAUUUUCGCUUCACACCAAUCAUAAGCAUUCAUUUACACUUUACACCAAUCAUAAGUGUUCAUUUACACUUCACACCAAUCAUAAGUGUUCAUUUACACUUCACACCAAUCAUAAGCGUUCAUUUUCACUUCACACCAAUCAUAAUUGUUCGUUUUCACUUCACACCAAACAAGAGCGUACAUUUUCACUUCACACUUAUCAUAAGCAUUCAUUAUACCCCCGCUUUAAAAAGGGGGGUAUACUGUUUUACCUCUGUCUGUCCGUCAGUCCGUCCCAUGAAUACUUUUCGUCGCAUUUUUCUCAUGAACUACAAGACCAGGAUUUCUGAAAUUUGGUUUCAGGGUUUAUCUAAGUCAGCUGUACCGUGUGAUGCGUUUUCAGAUUGAUCACUUGACAACUUCCUGUUUACCGAACACUUGUAUGAUUUUACACAUGAUAGCCAAAUUGAAAAUUUUCGUCACACUUUUCUCAGGAACUACAAUACAAGGAUUUCUGAAAUUUGGUUUCAGGGUUUAUCUAAGUCAGCUAUACCGUGUGAUGUGUUUUCAGAUUCAUCACUCGACAACUUCCUGUUUACCGAACACUUGCAUAUUUUUACACUAUUUAUUUUUUCGUCGCAUUUUUCUCAGGAACUACAAUAUAAGGAUUUUUGAAAUUUGGUUUCAGGAUUUAUAUAAGUCAGCUAUACCGUGUGAUGCGUUUUCAGAUUCAUCACUCAACAACUUCUUGUUUACCGAACACUUGCAUAUUUUUACACUAUUUAUUUUUUCGUCGCAUUUUUCUCAGGAACUACAAUAUAAGGAUUUCUGAAAUUUGGUUUCAGGAUUUAUAUAAGUCAGCUAUACCGUGUAAUGCGUUUUCAGAUUCAUCACUGAACAACUUCCUGUUUACCGAACACUUGCAUAUUUUUACACUAUUUAUAUUAUCCACUUGCGGCGGGGGUAUCAUCAGUGAGCAUUAGCUCGCAGUUUCACUUGUUUACACUUUACACCAAUCAUAAGUGUUCAUUUACACUUCACUCUAAUCAUAAGCAUUCAUUUAACUUCAAACCAAGCAUAAGCAUUCGUUUACACUUCACACUAAUCAUGCGUUUGUUUUCACCACACACCAAUCAUACACUUCACACUAAUCAUAACCAUUCAUUUUUACUUCACACUAAUCAUAAGCAUUCAUUUACACUUCACACCAAUUAUAAGCGUUCAUUUUCACUUCACAUCAAUCAUAAGUGUUCAUUUACACUUCACACCAAUAAUAAUCAUUUGUUUUCACUUCACACCAAACAAAAGCGUUCAUUUUCAAUUCACACUAAUCAUAAACGUUCAUUUACACAAUAAUCAUAAGCGUUCAUUUACACUUUACACCAAUCAUAAGCAUUCAUUAACACUUUACACCAAUCAUAAGUGUUCAUUUACACUUCACAUUAAUCAUAAGCAUUCAUUUACAUUUCACAUCAAUCAUAAGUGUUCAUUUACACUUCACACCAAUCAUUAUCAUUCGUUUUUUCACUUCACACCAAACAAAAGCGUUCAUUUUCACUUCACACUAAUCAUAAGCGUUCAUUUACACUUCACAUUAAUCAUAAGCAUUCAUUUCACUUCACACCAAUCAUAAGUGUUCAUUUUCACUUCACAUCAAUCUUAAGCGUUCAUUUACACUUCACACCAAUCAUAAACAUUCAUUUUCACUUCACACCAAUCAUCAUUCAUUUAUACAUCUCACCAAUCAUAAGCAUUCAUUUACAUGUCACACCAAUUAUAAGUGUUCAUUUGCACUUUACACUAAUCAUUAGCAUUUAAUUUCAUUUCAAAUCAAUCCUAAGCAUUCUUACUUUUUACAUCAUCAUUCUACUGUCAUCGCCUUUAAAAUACAAUUCCAGACAUGAAGUGGUCCCCAGAAGUCAAAACUUAAAAAUCAUGUUUUUAAAAUAAAAACAUUGAUAUUUUGUAUGAUCUCUUCAUAUUAUAUUUUAUUUUAUUAAACUUGAACAGCAAAAUAUCAUUGCUAAGGCUGCAAUUAAUGUAAUCUCUGUUUCUCCAUACCCCUAUCAAGAUAUUUGCUUGUGGUAGGCAGGUGGUUUUUAUUUUAUUUUUUAAAUUGUUGGCAGGUAGGUAUUUGUGGGGGUUUUUUUUGUGGUUACACUUAGACUAUAUAUUAUGGGUUAAACAUUUAGUACUUCAUCCAGGAUUAUAAUGUUUUGUGCUGAUCACAUUCAUUAAUCUCAGUGUUCUCCUUAAAGUUACUUUUAAGAGUACCCUAUUAUUAAUACACAGCUUUGUUAAUUUUCAUAAAGUUUCCCACAAAACAUUUUCAUUUAUAACCAUAUAAUUGUGCAGUUUAUGUGUACAGUACCAUGUUUAUUUUUCUUUAUACACAAAGAAAUAAAAUAAAGAGCAGAAAACUUUAAUUCAAUAACUAAAACAACAAAUGGAAGUUUUUAACGACCUUGACUAGCUAAACAUCCCUUGCAUGGUCGGAAAUAUAACUAAAACAUUUACAUUUUAACUCUAUUGUUAAAGUAUAACAAAAAUAAAACAUCACAUUGUCAGAACAAAGAAGUGAUUGAGAAGUUUUAAAUUGGAGGAAUUGCUUUAAAUUUACAAUUUUAACUUACAUAGGUUACCAAAGUAACAAUUCUUUCAAGAUAAACUGCAUGCUUGUAUUUCUGAGUAGCAAAUUAACUCAUAUUCCUCUAAAUUUGUUUUGACAAAGCAUUAUUUUGUGAGAAUGUUUUUAUUUUGUUGUUUGAAAACAUAUCCCACAUCAUAUCAUGCCAUAUAAAUGUUAAUGAAACAAUAUUCAAAAUAAUGUUUUAUCAAAUUAAAUUGCUUUUAUAACUGAUUUUGUGUUUUAAUUUUUUAUUACCAUAUAAAUGUACUCUUGUGCAAUAAACCUCUUAAUCUUUCA